GGGUAGUUUCUGAGGCCAGGGGAAUCUUCUGGAAUGUUUGAGGAGCGCUGGUUAUGGAGCUGAGUGAACCGAGCUGAUCACAUCAACAUAAAAUGCACCGGAAGAGCCCGCAGAUGCCGGAGCGGGAGCGGGAGGCCCCGGUUUUGUCCUCCUUCCCGGUGGUUUUGAAGAAUCUUCUGGAGAACCCGCCGCAGAAGCUGCUGGAGAGUGAGGGUAAGGAUGAGGGCAAAGAGAAGAAUGUGGAUGAAGCAGCCAGCAGCACCACAGCUGCCUCUGCCUCCCUCAUGCCAACCAUCUGGGAUAAGACUAUUCCCUAUGAUGGGGAGACCUUCCAUCUUGAGUACAUGGAUCUGGAUGAAUUCCUCUUGGAAAAUGGCAUUCCAGAUGGUUCAAACCAGUUUGAACUGCAGGAAGAACUGCAAGUUGGUCUCUUGCCGGUAGUGGAACUGGAAGAGAAAGUAUCGUCUCCUACAUUGUUGUCAUCUGGAAAUAUGACGCGUUCUAAAGUGGAGAGUGAUGAAACAGGUGGGAAGAAAUCUGAACGGAAGACUCCAAACUCUGUAGACCUGGAAGAUGUUGAUGUUCUGGUGAAUUUUGAACCUGACCCUACUGACCUGGCACUGUCCAGUGUUCCAGGAGGAGAACUUUUUAAUCCACGGAAGCAUAAGUUCAGUGAUGAGGAACUCAAACCACAGCCCAUGAUUAAAAAAGCGAAAAAGGUCUAUGUACCGCCAGAGCAAAAGGAUGAUCGCUACUGGGCAAGACGCAAGAAGAACAACGUGGCAGCGAAGCGUUCACGUGAUGCCCGGAGACUGAAAGAGAAUCAAAUCACAGUUCGAGCAGCCUUCCUAGAGAAGGAAAACUCAGCCCUGAGGCUGGAGGUGGUUGAGCUGCGUAAAGAGGUGGCACGGUACAAAAGUAUCAUCUCUAAAUACCGACCUCAAUAAGAGACCUUCAACUCUGGGGGUUCAGAGUGGGGAAUGUGUUUUUUUUUAAAAGCAAAAUUCUCUUAAACAGACAGCAACUUUCAAAACAGCACAGCUAACUUCUUAGUCACUCCCUCAUCCUAAGGAAAACAAAUUUAAUGGCUUUUAUUUUGAACAGCCAAAUAUAUUAAUGAAGCAUUAAACCUCCUUUCUCCCAUCUUUAAAUAGUAGGUUUCAUUUCAUUAUAAUAGAGAUGAAUAACUGGAUCUGCUUGUUCAAUGAAUCAGUAAUCAUUUGUUGGGGAGAUUAGGGUUUGAUUUUUGGAAGACUGAUGUUUAAUUGGUCUAGAGCUGCCCCACCAUUAAAACUCAUCCUUUGGAGUACUGAGCUACUUCUGAUAGACAAGUCAUUCAUGGUGCAGGAGCUUAGACAGUGACCUCUUAAAUACUUGUUAAAUAUCAGAAUGAGCCCUUGCAAAAGAGAAACUAGGACCAGUAGGAGUCUGCCCACUGCUACUGCUGUGCCAUUCAAUAUUAAUCACGGCUAAUCACCUACAUCAACUC